UGGCACGUGACUAAGAGUUAAAGCAAGAAUAACUCCCGGAUGGAGGGACGUUCGUUUCCGGGUUAUGCCCUUUCCGACGAGGGGGAAGACCUUACUUUUUUUUUUUUUUUUUGAUGAGCGGUUCCUAACUCGUGAUGCAUUCAGACUUGUCACCUCACCUACAUACUGAGGAGUGUAAUAUUAUCAUCCGUCAACUCCAAAAGUGCCACAAGGAGCAUUCUGUCUUAAAAUUUUUUGGCCAUUGCAAUGGUAUUGACAGAGAAAUGAGGAAAUGCCUAAAGAAAGAGUAUGAAGCCAACAGAGCCAAGAGCCACGAACAUGCAAAAGAGAUGAAGCGGAGGUUGAGGGAGGCAGGAGCACAGAAUUAGAACUGGUGAAGUGACUACUCAGACAUUGCGGGGACAGCUGGAGAAGUGCGUUUUCUCUCUCUCCUGGACACUGAAAACGUAUUUAAUCUCCAAUAAUAAAAAUGCCUAGCAUAUGGUGGA